UGGUCACUCCAAUAGUAGGGCUCGGCGCUGAUUGGUUGAAUAUACGGGUUGUAGAGUCCGGCAAAGUGUCGAACUGAAGAGUGAAAAGGAAGUACUUUUUAAAAUGGAAAUAUAACAAAUCAUACUUUAACUUUCUACAGCCGAGCAGAGGGAGAAGCCAGCUAUGCCCGCCCAACCCCCUGUGAGGGAGCCGGAGGAGGAGAUGGAGGCAGAAGGAGAGUCACAACUCCCUGAGGCCAACGGUGAGGUGGAGCAGCCGAGAGAGAAUGAAAGAGGAGGAAGAGGAGGAGGAGGAGAGGAGACCAUGGAGGAGAGCACGGAGGAGAGGGAGAGUGACUUGGCGGAGAGUGAAGAGGAGGAAGAGGAUGAGGAGGAAGAGGAGAGUUCAGAGAUGGAUGAUGAAGACUGCGAGCGGAGGAGAGGAGAAUGUCUAGAUGAGAUGUUGGAUCUGGAAAAACAAUUUCAGGAGCUGAAAGAGAAGUUGUUUCGGGAGCGGCUGAACCAGAUGAAAGUGAAGCUGGACGAGGUGCUGACGGGGAAGGCUGGGGAAUACAGAGAACCACUGGCUGCACUGCAGAACAGCAUGCAGAUACGAACACAAGUGGCUGUAACUAAGGACACACAAAAAAAAUCAAGAAAUAUCCACAGUGGCAUCUCCGUGUCUCUGUCUACAGGAGUGUACAGAGAGCUGUGUCUACAGGUGAUCAAACACAAGCACGAGUGUGAACUACAAGGAGCAAGGCAGCACCUGGAGAGUGAGAAGGCGCUGCUGUUUGAUGCCAUGAAGACAGAACUGCUGGAAAAGAUAAGACGACUGGAGGAGGACAGACAGAAUAUAGACCUCACCUCAGAGUGGAGUGAUGAGAUGAGGGGCAAGAAGUGUAAAAGAAAGAACCUGCUGGGUCGGUCGGAGAGAAAAAAGAAAGUAGCUCUGGUUUCAGGGCCUUUUAUCGUCUACAUGUUGAGAGACAUCGACAUCCUUGAAGACUGGUCUGCUAUCAAGAAGGCAAAAGCAGCACUGUCACCACUAAAGAAGAAAGUUGAAAAGCGGUGAUAAUAGGAGCAUCUUAUUAAAGACCAGAAGCAAAGAACCCAAACUUAACAAACACACACACACACACACACACACACACACACACACACAUUCCCAGCUACUUCCACUAACCAUUAAGGUUUUGUCUCCUCGACUGAAACCCAUCAUCCCCGACUGUUGUGUUGUUUUUAACUGCGCGUUUGACCCCAGCAACCAACCACCCCCGCUGCUUGUUUGUUAUCUAUUGCUAUUUAAAAUAUGUUCUUAAUGAUUUGACAACCAUGUAUUUAUAGAAUGAUUUAUAAUGGUGAUUAAAAUUUUAAUCUUUUGUGACA